AUGCAGGUCGUCGCCGCUCUGCUUCUCCUUGUAGGAGCAUUGGGCCUUCUCGCCAGAUUCGUCCGGUCCUAUCUUCAUCUGGCUUCAAUUCCUGGCCCAUUUCUCGCCCGGUUCUCUGACCUUUGGCGCUUUCGUGCUCAGAAUUCCCCGGGGUACUCGGCCAAACUGGUCCAACUUCACCAGAAAUACGGGUAUCUUGUGCGGAUAGGGCCAAAUCACAUCAGCAUCAGCGAUCCGGAUGCCGUGCCCGUCGUGUAUAGCACCAAACCGGUCUGGGUCAAGGCGUCGUCGUAUAACGCCGCCGCACCCGUCAGUCAAGGACGCGCCGUGCCCAGCAUCAUCGCCAUGAGUGAAAUCCAGCACUCGGCAGUGCGCAGAUCGGUCGGCAGUGCCUUCACCACGAACUCACUCCUCGAUUACGAGGCGUCGAUCGAAGCGUCGGGCAAGGACCUACUCACAUGUCUGGCAGAGCAGCCAACCACAGACAUCUCACAGCAACUGCAGCUGUUUGCCAUCGACGUCUUGAUGCGCAUGGCCUUCAGCGAGUCGCUGGGGUUCAUGCAAAAAGGAGGCGAUGUCGAAGGCCUUCUCGCCGCCAUCAUUGCCCGCUUCGAUCACUGGGGCCACUGGGCAGCCAUGCCGGGCCCCGACUACUUCUUUUUCAAGGCACCAUGGACCUCCCUGUUCAGGAAGCAAGCUGACAGCCCGCUGGCCCGGGUGAGCCUGGCAAAGCUCAAGGCCCGACCCGCCUCCAAGAGUGUGCUGGAUCUGGAGAAGAAGGAUCUGCUGCAGAAAUUUCUCGAUGGACAGGCCAAGCACCCGGAUCUCUUGCCUCAGGAUUCCGUUCUCGGUAUCAUCAUGUCGACCAUCGGGGCGGGAGCCGACACCACGGCGGGGACCCUGACCUAUACGUUCUACCUGCUUUGCAAGCAUCCGGUCGCUCGGGACAGCCUGGAAAAGGAGCUCGAGCAGGCCGUGGACAACGGGAUCAUGUCGAACCCGCCCCUGUGGCACGACGUGCACCGACUGCCCUAUCUCGACGCCGUGCUCAAGGAGUCGAUGCGGUUGUUUCCCAUUGCGGCCUGGGGCUUGGACCGCGUCGUGCCCCCUGGAGGCGCCACCAUCGCCGGUAAAUACAUUCCGGCAGGGACAGUGGUCGGCUGCCAGAUCGACGCGGUCCAUUUGGACAAGGAGGUCUAUGGUCACGAUGCCGCCAAAUUCCGACCAGAACGGUGGCUGGAGGCAUCUGAGGAGCAGAGGCGACGCAUGGACCGCGCCUUCAUCGCCUUCAGUGCCGGCAAGCGGAUUUGUAUGGGCAUCCACAUAGCCUGGCUGGAGUUGAAGAAGGUCGUGCCGCUUAUCAUGCUGCAUUUUCGUAUGGACCUUCUCAAUCCCGACCAAGCCCUGGAGGAUGAAAUCCGCGUCAGCGCGGUCAAGUAUCCUCCUCCCAUCUGGAUGCGUCUUCACAAGAAGUAG